GAGCCCGAGGAUGAGGCAGCGCUGGCGACGGGAGAGGAGGCGGAGUUGGCGGCGGCGCUAGAGGAGAGCGCGAGGCUGGAGGUCGGGGCGACGCGUGCGGCGGGGGAUCAGGCGCGAGUCGCCGAGGGCGCUUCGUCACCGGCGGCGGAGGCGCCGCCUGAGGGAGAGGAGGAGCCGCCGGACGACUUUAUCUGCCCAAUCACGACCGAGGUCAUGAGCGACCCGGUGAUGGCGGCCGACGGGCAUGCCUACGAGCGGUCGGCGAUCGAGCGCUGGCUCGCGACCAAGUCGACGAGCCCGAUGACGGGCGAGGAGCUCCAGCACACUUGCCUCGCCAAUCAUCACAUGCUCCGCCGAAUGAUUCGAGAGUGGGGAGAGACGCACUCGGCACGAUAG